AUGAACACGAGCCACAUGUCGCCAACGGCAGAAGAGCUCGACGGCUACGGGGAGGACCCGGUGCCGUGCAAAGCGCCCGCGAGCCGCACGUCGUCCACGAGCACCAGUCCCAUCGACCGCGAGCUUCAAGCGACGAGCACAUUGGGUGACGUGGUGGACGUCCUGCCCACUCGCUGUACGCAGUUGAAGCGCCAGAAGCGGAAGGAGCGCCUGCGGACGCAGUCCGAGAGCGCUGCGUGGACGAGAGCGUCGCUGCGGAUGCGGCCGUCGCCGUCAGUGGACGUGACCGACGCGGCCGCGACGCCCGCAGCAGCAGCUACGGACCAUGGCACGCCCUGUCUCGCGACGCUCGGCGGACCGCCGGACGAGCCGCACUACGACCCCAUUGUGCGCAACAGUGAGAGCUCGCUGUCGCAUUUUGCACUGGAUAUGAUUGAUGGACUCGACGUGGCCACUGUUGCCGGUGGAAAAGACGUGACGUACCGUCGCCGCAGUCACGACAGCUCGUCCAUGGCGACGACGGUCGUGCUCGCGAGUCGGGAAGGUGUGAUCAACAUGUGGCGACAACAGGGACAGAUAUCGGAGCGGGCGUCGGAGAUCCUCGAAGAUGCCAAGCUGUCGCUGCACGGGAAGGAAAAGAAUCUGUACAAUGCGUCGCUGAGGCGGUUGUCCGAGGCCCACGAUCCGCGGCUGAAUACACUGGGCGAAAGGAUGUCGUCGGCAACGGCUGCAAGCAGCUUGAUGGACCCUUUGGCUGCUGCAAGUAACGGGUGUGGCGUCGAGCAGGGUGCAGCGGACGAGCCGGGCGAGGUCAUUGGCGAAGCAGACGCGCUGAAUGUGGUGUCGACGCAUGAGAAUAUGGAUUCGAAGCUGCCGCACGGAGACAGACCGUCGCUGAAUCUAGAUGGAGAGAUGGGGGUGCACUCGCCGCUAGGAGUGGAUGAGCGGGAUUCUAGCUUCCGACCACCGUCGAGAACAUUGUAUCAUGAAGCAGUGAAGUGGGAAGGCGUGUUGACGAGACGAAGCGAGUGGCUGAGGAGGCUGGAGCGACACUAUUACGUACUCGAAGGCAAGUUUUUGCGAAGGUUUGCGUCGAAAGAGGCAUACUUGUUGUCGCGGGACGAGCCGCUUGUGCCGCACCAUAUCCAGCCACCAAGCGAUCCGAGCAAGCCUGCACCAGGCAGCCCUGCCGCUAGUAUGAUUCGGCGUAGCUCCAGCAGCCCGGCCUUCAGUGGUGUGAGUCAUUUGUACGUGCUAGCAGGGGUGAAGGACUCGUCUAGUCGCGCAAACGGGUUCACUUUCAUUACCGAAGAUAAGAAGACGUUGCAGGUGACAGCCCCGACGGCCGUAGAGAAGAUCAUAUGGAUGCGGCUUGGUCUAGAAGCUAUUGUGGCGCUUCCUACGCUUCCUGUUGCGCCGCUUGACAUGGAGGAGUUCUAUGCAAUGUUGGUGGUACUCUAUACGGCACACAGUGGCAUCUGGCGAACGGAGGGCGACAUGGCCGUCACGCUUCCUCCGCCAUCGGAGCAGGUAUUCACGCGUUUCUUUCGACUGCUGGACAAGGAUGUGAUAUUCUGCUCGAACUAUCCGCCGUCGGUGCCAUUUCAUGGAUCGUUCCGCGGCCACGCUGGUGUCGUGAGUUUCAUGCACGACUUUGCUCGACAUACACUGUGGACCAACUUCAAGAUCGGCGGCAUGUCAAUCGAUGGCUCGAUAGCUGUUGCUUCAGGCAAAGAGGAGCUCGAGAAUCGGCGCGAUGCGCGCAAGUUCAUCCAGAACUGGAUACAUAAGUUUACAUUUUACUCGGACGGGCGACUCGCACGAUUUGAGAUCAAUGGUGACGUUGUAGCAGCAAGUGCGGUUUUCAAGGUCCCUGGUGCAGCGACGACGCUUAAGCUUCCUCAAGAGUACAACGAGGUGGACGCUGAGCACGGCCUAGAAGGCAUACUGCUGGUCCGAGUCAUGCAAGGCCAUGGACUCAAGGCAGGUAUUUCGGUGAAGAAGAUUGUCAAGGAACCGAGCAUUACAGUACGACUGCGGUACCGCGAGCAGCCAGAGCCCAAUUCUGCGUUGAGUGCGUCCACGUCGGGUUCGUCUACGUCCGCCUUAGUGGGUUCCUCGACACUUAUCGGCGGAAUCACGAUGCCGAAUCUCUCGCGAAAGUUCAGCUUCAUGACGUCCGUAGCCAGUUCUGCCGCUUCUGCGGCGUCUUCUGCUGUUGGUGUGGGUCAUAUGAACAACUCUGCGUUCAACAGUUCGACUCCGGUGGUCGACCCAUUUAGCACCGGCACUCCUCGUAACACUGGUGACGAAUCGUAUGUGCCAACUCACCCGGUGUGGAAUUUAGUGCUGGAGCUCCCGUUCAGCGAUGUCAUUGGCACAUGUUCACUAGUGGUGGAAGUAAUUGAUCACUCCAAGAAUGGCGUCGAGUCGCAGCUUGGCUUUGCGACAGUGAAUGUGGCCAAAUACUUGAUGGCUGCUGACAAUACGGAGCGCACGAAAAAGCGGGAAGAGGCGGCUAUGGCCGCUGACAGCAAAUGGUAUUCGAUCAGCAAUGCCAAAGGCGAAUACUGCGGCAAGGUCCAGCUCGGUAUUACCUGCCGACGCACCAAGCUGGACGAGGAUGACUGCGUGCAGCCGCGACUGAACAAGAGCCAAAGCGUUGUGAUAGACCGGAAGAAUCCUCCGUCAUCGUACAUGCUGCAAUGGGACACACCUGCAGCUCAUUCUCUACCGUUGUUGGGUGCUGCGGCAACUCCAGCACUCAAAAAAGGCAUGACGCUGGACGAACUGCCUACUGGAAUCGAGCACGUGCGCCGUCACGGCUGGGCAAACGUGAAACUGUCUCCCGAGAAUACGGCCCGCACGCAAUCGGCGGGUGCUGUCGUUAGCGGUGGGUACAGCAAUGACGAGGAAGACGAUACAGCGAACAAGCAUUUUCCCGCAGGCGAGGGGAACAGUGUAGCAUUGCCCACUGCGACAGACGCUGUUGCAUGUAAGGAAAACGCUGCCAUGCACACGUUCAUGGUGUGCGGUGCUCCGUUCACGAUUCCGCGUCAUUACCAGCUCAUCAAGGUAUGCGGCCGCGGUGCGUAUGGUAUCGUGAUUGCCGCCACGAAUUUGCGGACGGGCGGCAACGUUGCUAUCAAGAAGGUCAUUGACUGUAUUUGGCACCCGCAUCAACUGAAGCAGAUAUUGCGCGAGUGCCGGUUGAUUCGACACAUGGCGCACGAAAACAUUUUGAGUCUACUGGAUUUGAUUCCGCCGCCAUCGUACACCGAUUUCCGUGACGUGUACAUGACAGUGGAUUUGAUGGAAAUGGAUCUGCACCGUAUCAUUUACUCGAAGGAGGUAUUACGUGAUGACCAUAUCCGUUACUUUUUGUACCAAAUGCUUAGUGGCUUGCACCACAUGCAUCGCGCAGGUGUGCUACACCGCGACCUCAAGCCCAGCAAUCUGCUGGUCAACUCGGAUUGUCAGCUCAAGAUCUGCGAUCUUGGACUGGCACGCUCCAAGGAAGCAGACGAUGUGGGUAUGACCGAGUACGUGGUGACGCGAUGGUACCGUGCACCAGAGCUGUUGCUGGGCAGUGCGUAUGGCGAAGGUGUGGAUCUUUGGGCAGCAGGGUGCAUUUUUGCCGAGAUGUUGAGCCGCAGACCUCUGUUCCCCGGUGAGACGUACGUCCACCAGCUCCAGCUCAUCAUGAAUGUGCUAGGCGUACCGGAAGAGCACUCGUUCAAAGAGAACCCGUUAGCGAACAAGCUGAAGGGCCGUCAACUACUGAGUCGGACUCAAGCAGUCGCUGGCAUUGACACGAGCACGAUGUUCCCGAACGCGAACCCGGAAGGGCUGGACUUGCUAUGGAAGAUGCUGGUGUUUGACGUGGACAAGCGCAUCAGCGUCGAAGAGGCGCUGCAGCACCCGUACUUGGCAAUGUACUACGACGAAGAGCGGACGAAUGUCCCCGUGGAGAAGUUUGAAAGUUUUGAUCUCGAUGAUCUCGACGAGUCAGAUCUCAAGGAGCUCAUGUUCAAGGAGAUUUGUCACUUCCACCCCGAAGAGAUGGUCAAGCGCGCCCAGCAACAGCGCGAGUUCCCUGAGACAGUCGAGAAGCUUCCGCCGGGUUGGGUCAAGCGGGAGUCGCGAAGUGUACCUGGCAAAUAUUACUACAGUAACCUCAAGCGUGGCAUCAGUACGUGGAUCAAGGAAGAAAUGGAUUAA